AUGGCAGAUACACCACAAUCAUCUGAGGGAAACUCCUCUUCUUCAUCUGCAGUUAUGGAUUCUAGCAGUCCAUAUUAUCUUCAUCCCUCAGAUUCCCCAGGGAUGAAUCUUGUGAAUUUCAUUUUUAAUGGAACUGGAUUUGCUGCGUGGAGAAGGUCCAUCAUUAAUUCUCUAUCAGCUAAGAACAAGAUGAGUUUUAUUGAUGGUUCUGCCGAAAUACCAUCUGCUGAUACACCUGAGUUCAAGCUUUGGACUAGGUGCAAUAACAUGGUGAUUUCAUGGUUGCUUAACUCCCUUUCAAAAGAAAUUGCAGGGAGUGUGAUAUACUCAAAAUCUGCUAAAGAUCUCUGGACUGACCUUCAUGACAGGUUUGGUCAGUCCAAUGGAGCUCAACUCUAUCAUCUUCAAAAGAGCCUCACAGAUCUGGUGCAAGGAACAGCUGAUGUAGCAGGAUAUUUCACAAGAAUCAAGAGGAUUUGGGAUGAGCUGGAUGCUCUCUCCAGCGGAGAAAUAUGUUCUUGCAACUGCACCUGUGGAGGAAAGAAGAAAGUAGUCAAAUCCAAGCAAGACGAAAGAUUGAUCCAAUUUCUAAUGGGACUUAAUGAUGUUUAUGCAGCAGUAAGAAGCAACAUACUCAUGAUGUCACCUCUCCCUAAUGUGAAUCUUGCCUACUCUCUCCUCAUUCAAGAUGAGAAACAGAGAGAGGCAUAUGUUAAUCCUAACUUUCCAGGUGACUCAUCUUCAUUUCUUGCAACACAUCAGAAUUUCUCAGGUCAGAGGUACAACAAUACUGAUUUUAGAGCAAGAAAGAACAACAACAAUAACUACAACAACAAUCUGUUAUGCACAAAUUGUAAGAAAUCAGGGCACUCAAUUGCAAAAUGCUACAGAAUAAUAGGCUAUCCACCUGAUUUUAAGUUCACCAAGGGGUCAAAAUCACAACCAAACAACAAAGGGAACUCUAUGGCUAAUGCAGUGACAACAGUUGGAUAUUCAGGUUACACAACAAAUGGGAAACAAGCAAGUGGAUCUAUUGCUCAGGAGAACUAUGGUCAUUUGGAAGAAGACUUUCAGAAUGCACAGAUUGGAGAUGUGUCAUUUGCAGGAAGUGAGGUUUCAGCUAACAUGGCGCACUGUUUUGCUGGGCCAUUCAAUGAGGACUCCUCUGGUUAUUGGUGAAUCAAAGGAUGGGAUCUAUAUCAUGAACACUACUUCAAGUCUACAAAGUCCUGUCAAGUCUAGUUCUAAAUCUGAUGUUUUACUCUCCAGUUGUAGUUCUUUUCCUAGUUCUUUUUCUAUUCCAGUAAACAAUAGGAAUGAUGUAAAAUUGUGGCACAUUAGAUUGGGCCACAUGCCUUUUGAUUCAAUGAAAAACAUCAGUUCCUCUU